AUGUCUACAACCAAUGAGCCUGCGGACCCUAUCGCCAAGGGUAUCUUGCCCACGGCUAAGCAGUCCUUGAAAGACUUGUUUGUGUGGAAGCAGAGAGUCGUCGUUAGGAACGAAUACGGCGAGGAGCACACUGAGUGGCAAUCGCCUGAGCCUCUGAAGAACCCAAUCAGCCUCUUCGCUCAGCUGAGCGCGAGGGACUGGCUGUACUUCAUCGUCGGUUUUGCUUCAUGGACAGCCGACGCUUUCGACUUCCACGCCCUCUCAAUCCAGACCGUCAAGCUGUCCAAGUACUACCAUCGCUCAAAGACGGAUAUAUCCACCGCCAUUACUCUUACCCUAUUGCUGCGAUCUGUCGGUGCUGCCGUCUUCGGUUUCGCGGGAGACAAAUGGGGUCGAAAGUGGCCGAUGGUCAUCAAUAUGAUCAUCUUGGGUCUGCUGCAGAUUGCAACUAUCUAUGCUGCAACGUUCAAUCAAUUUCUGGCCGUUCGAAGUCUUUUCGGGCUCUUCAUGGGUGGCGUGUUUGGAAAUGCUAUUGCCAUGGCCCUCGAGAACUGCCCCACCAACGCUCGUGGUCUCAUGAGUGGUAUCUUGCAACAAGGAUACUCUUUCGGCUAUGUUUUGGCAGCCUGCUCUAACCUUGCUGUUGGCGGAGAGGUUGAGUCCUGGAAGACUGUAUUUUGGGCUGGAGCCGGUCUUUCUAUCGGUGUCGGAUUGAUCCGAAUUCUAUUCCCCGAGUCAAAGCAAUUCAUCGAGGCGCGCAAGGCUGGCAAGCGAGCUCAAGCGCCGGGAGUAUUCUGGAAGGAGACCAAGAAGAUGCUUCGACAGGAGUGGAAGAUGUGCAUUUACUGCAUCAUCCUCAUGACCUGGUUCAACUACUACUCCCAUACCAGCCAAGAUUCUUACACUACAUUCAUGAAGACACAGAAAGAGCUGUCUGACGACGGGGCAAACCGUGCUUCUAUCUUGAUGAAGACUGGCGCGUGCGUUGGCGGAACCUUCAUCGGUUACUUCUCGCAAUGGUUUGGUCGUCGCCGGUCCAUCAUCUGCGCCGCGCUGAUCUCCGCUUGCCUCAUCCCAGCGUGGAUUCUCCCCGAGACCGAAGGCGGCCUUUCCGCUUCCGGUUUCAUGAUCCAGUUCUUCGUCCAGGGAGCAUGGGGAGUCAUUCCCAUCCAUCUGAACGAGCUUUCCCCUCCCGCCUUCCGAUCCAGUUUCCCUGGUAUCACCUACCAGCUGGGUAACAUGAUUUCGUCCCCCUCUGCCCAGAUCGUUAAUGCCAUCUCCGAGAGCCACUUCCUCAGGUCGAAGAAGAGCGGCGACAUUGUCGAGGCGUACGGUCCGACCAUGGGUAUCGCGACUGCCAUCAUCGCGCUCGGUAUUGCUACUACGGCAGCUCUUGGACCCGAGAAGAAGGGUCGUCACUUCGAGACUGUUGGCCCGCCAAUCGCUGUGGACAUCCCCAAAGACAUUGAGGAGGGCCGCGUCAGCGACGAGAAGACCGAGACGAAGGCGGUCGAGGUCAGCGAGAAAGCUUAG